AGCAAGUCUACUUCCUCCACCUCUUCUUCGCAGCCAUCGAUCGUGGCCGGAUUGGAGCAGGUUUCCAAGCAGGUCACGGCCCUGCACGAGAACCACUACCCACCCGUUACCAUGAUGAACCAUUCCGUUGCGCUCGUCCGGCAACUUCGUUCUACGCUGGCGAAGUUCCACCACACCAGGUGGCGGGCUCUGAUGAAACAGCGCGACAGCUCGGAAGACACGUUGGCCAGGGAAAAGCACGAGUACGACAAAUUUUUGAAGGAGUCCGAAUUGAACGACGAGGAGAUUGGAAAAUCCGCGUUGAAAUCGGCCCCGUGGCUCAUGUUAGGUGUGUUCGGAGCAGCGAAGGUACAUUCUUGUCAUCAUGCAAAAGCCCAGAAUUCUCAUCGGCUCUGCGAUAAGAUUUCCGGGGGAUACGAAUAAGCACCGUCGUUUUGCUCCUAACUAUUUCUUGUCGCGCUCGCGCGCUUGCACUGAAUUGUUUUGCAUCAUUCAACUAAUAUUUCACGAGGAAAUGUAAACGCAUCAAACAGAUUGCUUCCGACGUGUACGGGAAGUAUUCCACCCGGCGAAAGGAGUACGAGCGUGUGGAAAAGGCGGAAGAGCUGCUGAAAGUGCACGAGAAGGAACUGCAGCUCCUCGAAGCGACCACAAAGAAGAUUGACGACCAGGCGAACGCCAUCGGGGAGAAGAUGUGGUGCUACGCGGGCUGGUGGGGCUUCGUGGUGAACGACUGGGAGCAGUUCAACCGCGCCUUUCUCUGCUUCAACCAAACCGUCCGGGCGGCCGCCGGGGAUUCGUCCCGCAAGCAGGCGUUCCAGACCUUGGACGCGAAAAAACUGAAGAAGAUGGAGCACACGUGGCUCGGCGGGCCCGAAAAACUGGCGGAAAUUUUGCGCAAACAGCAGCAGGCAAAGGAAGAGGUGUUUGCAGAAAAUCCCACUUCCUUCGCCGAGCACGAAAUCGACGACCAGAGUGUGUCCAUCGACGAAACCAUCGACUUCGAAGAGGUGCAGGCAGCGAAGGCGGGGAAAAAAACGCUCGAAGAAGCCAUCGGCAGCCACCUGCUUCACUUGCAGCGACAGCUCUACAUGCUGGUCGAGACGGCGGAACGGUUCUACCUGAAUCGAACCAAGGUGCGCUGAUCUGCCACUGCGCGAUUACUUACGGAAGUGGUUGGUACUUUUGCACUCUGUCGACGUUGUGAUUUGUCUGUGUUCACUUCUAUAGGUCAACUUGCACCAAUUUUGUUUUUCAGCGCCAAGCUUUUACUUGGCGUCUACAGUAUCUUUCUAGGAGAAACCCCGGUCAACAACAUCAUCUGUUUUUUUUUUUUUCGUGUGCUUGCGCAUGUGGAUGUGCAUUUGAUUUUGAACAAGCAACAUUCAUUGAUUCGUUCGGACUCCAACGAAUCAAUCAGAUUGGCACAGCAUCAACACAUAGAUGAAGUGGCGUUUUACUUCUUGUCAAGAAUUUCAAAUAUUUUCCGCACAAAAUAUAUGUGCAACUGCACACUUCUGCAGUCUUCACUACUUCUUCUUCUGACACUGUAGAGAGUAUUGGAACGCAACUUACAGUAGGGUCGUCCUCUUUGACAUGUUGUACACAUCACACUCGAGAGUCUCGUACGUUUUUUAGAAGAAUAAAGAACACUAUACAAUUUUCGAUAGCUCUCACUCUUCGGACGGUGGCGGUGCCCUACCCGUUGUCAUUUUUUUUUUGAAGAGAAACAUUUUCCGAGUAUGUAAACAUUGCGCUUUUGAUUAGCGCCGGUGUUUUAUUACAGUUUUCUUCCAUGUUGAGCACGACCACGAGGACGAACAUACAGAUUGAUUGACUUUGACAAUAAAGGAUUUGACACGACAGCUGAUUUGCUUUUGUUUGAAGACAAGAUAUGCUGAGUUUGUGUCCUCUAGAAACCGAAAGUGACG